CGGGGCGCAAGACGAGCCAGGACACGAUACUCUUUCCAUCUCUUUCACAUCCCUUAACAGAGGAAUUACCGGCGAUUUGAGAGGAACUGCUUGAGUCGGUGCCGAAAAUGAAAGUCGGCUUCAUUCUUCUUCCUCUGGCGUGCGCUUUAGUCCUGAAAAGCUCACUGGACACUGCUGGAAGUCUGACUGUGGAUGCAUGUAGACUCGGAUUCACCCAGAACUUCUACACUGUGUUUAUCUCAUGGGAGCAGCUGCAGGGUCACACCAUUGUCAAAGGCACUGUGCUGUCAUCAGGUCAAGUAAAAUUCGAAGCUUGUCAGCUGAAAGAAAGGAUCACCUUCCAGAGCAGCAACCCCAAAUUCAGCGUGCGUCCGGACGGAUCUCUGUACGCAGAGCAGGAUGUGAAGGACCCGCCCGAGCCGAUCCGGUUCACGGUGACUGCUCGAGGGAGUAAAGACACGCGGAUGUGGACGACGAUUGUUAAACUGGUCAUCACUAGACACCAACACCAUCCCCUCAUAAACCGGUUUGUUGACAAGGUCAGUUCCCAUCACAACCACUACCACAAUCUCAGUCAACACCAGAGAGGAUUUUCCACCAAUGGGCUGCACUGGCAAACACGAGACCGGAUCAUUCCACCUAUCAGAGCAUCUGCAAACUCCAGGAGAGCCUUUCCAUGGUUUCUUGCUAGGGGGAGUGCUGGAGGUCCGACUGAGGAUCCAUGCAGACCCGGAUUCUCCCAGAACUUCUACACCGUCUUUAUCCCAAGGGAGCAGCUGCAGGGCCAGAGCAUUGUCAAAGGUACCCUGCUGUCGUCUGCUCAUGUGAAAUUCGAGGCUUGUCAUAUAAACGAGAGGAUCACCCUCGAGAGCAGCGACCCCAAAUUCAGCGUCCGUCCCGACGGAUCUCUGUACGCAGAGCAGGAUGUGAUGAACCUGUCCGAGCCGAUCCAGUUCAUGGUGACGGCUCAGGGGAGUAAAGACACGCAGAUCUGGGAGACGACCGUUAAACUGGCCAUCGCCGGACAUCCACUUCCUGUCCUCAUAAACCAGAUUGGUGAUGAAACUGGUUACCACUCAAGAUCCCACCACAGUCACUACUCCAAUCCCAGAGUCAUCAUGUUUCCACGUCGACACCAACGAGGCUCCUCCACCAAUGGGCUGCGGCGUCAGAAGAGAGACUGGGUCAUUCCUCCCAUCAAUGUGCCUGAGAACUCUCGAGGACCAUUCCCACAAAUGCUCGUCAGGAUCCGCUCAGACCAGGACAAAGAGAUUGAAAUCCGGUACAGCAUAACGGGGGCUGGAGCUGAUCAGCCGCCCAGUGAUGUCUACAUCAUCGACCCCAUCACUGGGAAAAUGUCUGUCACCAAGCCAUUGGACAGAGAAGACCGAGCCUCCUACCACCUGAGAGCUCAUGCAGUGGACGUCAAUGGAAAUCAGAUGGAACCUCCGAUCGAUCUGUACAUCUACGUCAUCGAUAUGAACGACAACAGACCCGAGUUUCAGAACCAGGUCUAUAAUGGAUCUGUCCCUGAGGUCUCCAAACCAGGCACGUCGGUGAUGCGUGUUACUGCGAUCGAUGCUGACGACAGCACGAUGCCCAACGGCCUAGUGCACUACAGGAUCCUGAACCAGAGUCCACACAUCCCCAUUCCCAACAUGUUCACCAUCAACGGAGCUACCGGCGAGAUCAGCACCAUCGCAGCAGGCCUAGACAGAGAGAAAGUGUCUCAGUACACACUGAUCGUUCAGGCCACAGACAUGGAGGGAAGCCUGAACUUUGGCCUCUCCAACACAGCGACCGCUCUCAUCACCGUCACCGACAUCAACGACAACCCGCCUGAGCUCGACGCCAAAACGUUCCUGGGCGAGGUGCCGGAGAAUGCAGUGGGUGUAAUCGUGGCCAAUCUGACCGUGCGUGACAGAGACCAGCCUCACACGCCCAACUGGAAUGCUGUUUACAGGAUAGUGGGCGGAGACUCCAUGGGCCACUUCACCAUCCACACUGACGAGGUCACCAAUGAUGGCAGAGUCACAGUGGUCAAGCCAGUGGACUAUGAGAGGAAUGGCGCCUUCAUGUUGACCGUGGUGGUGUCCAAUCAAGUGCAUCUGGCUAGUGGCAUCCCGUCAUCUCUCUCGUCCACGGCGGGCGUCACCAUCUCCGUGCUGGAUGUGAACGAGGCUCCCGUCUUCCCCUCCAACCCCAAAGUAAUCCGCUUUGAAGAGGGAGUACCUGCUGAUACCACGCUCACCAUAUUCGCUGCUCAGGAUCCAGACCGCUUUAUUCAACAGUCUGUCAGGUAUUCUAAGCUGUCCGAUCCUGGAAACUGGCUCAGAAUCAACAGGACGAACGGCCAGAUCAUGACGACAGCCAUACUGGACCGGGAAUCACCUUACGUGAAAAAUAACGUGUAUGAAGCGAGUUUUCUGGCUGUAGAUAAUGGAUCUCCUCCUGCGACAGGAACAGGCACUCUGCAGAUCUAUCUGAUAGAUGUAAAUGAUAAUGUACCAGUGCUGGUGCCCAGGGAGGCCCAGUUGUGUGAGAGGUCACGACCUAGCUCCAGGAUCAACAUCACGGCAUCGGAUGCUGAUGCUGAGCCCAAUGCCGGGCCAUACGUCUUCGAGCUGCCCUCGUUCCCUCCCUCUGUUCGCCGCAACUGGACCAUCUCACGUCUGAAUGGUGAAUAUGCUCAGCUCAGGCUGAGGAUUUCGUACCUGGAGGCAGGUGUGUACCGUGUGCCCAUCCUGGUCUCAGACUCGGGCAACCCUCCCCUAACAAACCGCUCCAUCAUCAGGGUGAAGGUGUGUCCCUGUGAUGAGCAUGGAGAUUGUACUUCGCUUGGAGCUGUGGCAUCUGCAAGUCUGGGCACAGGCGCCAUCAUCGCCAUCCUUAUCUGUAUCAUAAUCCUGCUCAGCAUGGUGCUGUUUUUUGUGGUGUGGAUGAAACGCAGAGAGAAGGAGCGACAGGCCAAACCUCUUCUUAUUGACCCAGAGGAUGACGUUAGGGACAACAUCUUAAAAUAUGAUGAGGAGGGAGGCGGAGAGGAGGACCAGGACUAUGACCUGAGCCAGCUGCAGCAGCCUGAGACUCUUGAGCACAUCAUGAGCAAACCAGGGGGAGUGAGGAGAGUAGACGAGAGGCCGGUCAUCCCGGAGUCCCAGUACCCAAUAAGACCCAGCAUACCUCAUCCUGAAGACAUUGGAGAGUUCAUCACUGAUGGCCUUCGAGCAGCGGAUAAUGACCCGACGGCUCCACCAUACGACUCUCUGCUCGUGUUUGAUUAUGAGGGCAGCGGCUCGACAGCCGGCUCAGUCAGCUCGCUCGACUCGUCCAGUUCAGAAGAGCAAGACUAUGACUACCUCAACGACUGGGGGCCGCGCUUUAAAAAACUGGCCGACCUCUAUGGCGGCGGGGACGACUGAGGGUGGAGCUCCGGGGAUGAGAGAGGGGCCAAGGGGAGGAGCCCGCAGGAGCAAGUCAGCAUCUCGGUUCGUUUCACAGAAGAGCCAUAGGAGCCUGAGCAUUCCUGCACAAGACACUGUAAAACGGCGGGAGUUUAAAAGAAAGAAGGGACCAUUGCUGCUUUCCGCGAGUGUGUUUCUCUCUGUUGUUUUUUCUUUUUAUUCCUCUGCGCUGGCAAGUUUUUCGUUGUGAAUUUUGCUUUGGCUGUCAGGAGAGUUGCGACAGCCCUGGUACGAGAGUCAAUGUACUUCAUGAGCUCUGAGACAGAAAACAAGGUCUGUGCUCUUUUUCCGUCUGUGUCAUUUCAGCUCUUAAGAGAGCAGGACGAAUUUAUCCACUCUCUCAACUUGAAUUUUAUUUGAUAAGCACUGUCAUUGCUCAAGUGCCUUUUCGUGGUGUUUUUUGUACCAGAGACUCCUCAGGGUCAGCUGCUGUUUUAAGCCCAUUCAUUGCAGCGGUACGCUCCCUCAUUCCCUUGGUCCCUCACCUCCAUGUUUACUUGUCCUCUAUUAACGGUGCAGGAAAAAUAAACUUGACCAUGGAGAUGAAAGACAAUUUCCUGUGUUAGGAAAUGUGCUAAAAAAAAAAAAAAAAAAGGAAAAUACGAAAAGGGGCACAUCUAAUUUUUUGGGAACUGCCAUAUAGGACUUUGGUGACCCCGUUUAGAAGUAUGAAAUUGUGGUCGAAAUUACAAGACCAAACCAUUUACCAAGCAACAGCUAAAGGUGACACGUUUUGUGAACGUUUCUUUUUCAAUGAACCAAAAACAAAAACUGAAGAAGAAAAAAAAAGAGAGACAAAAAAUAAUGUAGAAUGCCUUUUUGCUCAGACACUUGCCUGCCUUGUUUUUUGCGCUGCUUUCUAAUUCGUCUCAGUCCUAGCAGGCGAGCAGUCCGACUGAGACUGCCAGCCAAAGUGGCGUCUGUGCUUAAAGGACUGCAUCACGGGAGGAGCGUUUUAUUCGUCUUGAACAUUCCCCUUGUCGAGGUUUAUCGGUUGAUGGAACUUGUACAUGCAUGAUUUCUCUCAAGAGCGGCGUCUCUAAAUCAGCCGCACAUGUUCCUUGUGGUCAGAAUGUGAAAAGUAGUUGGCAAAGAACAUACGAUAUACAGAACAAGUAUAACCUGUAUAGUUAAAAAAAAAAAAAUGACUUGAAGAAAUGCUGUAAAUACAUAUUUUUUGGAAGUAUUACCCAAACAUUUGCUGCUCUCGAGGCCCUUGCGGGGCUAAAUGAGAAUUUCUUUUUUGCCCUAGUGGUUUGUCAUUGUGUGUGUGUGUGCGGGUGCAGCUUCAUGUUUGCGGUUUUGCUCUUCUGCAGUGUUUUUCAUAUGUUACUUUAUUAGUUGAAAUUUUUAGUUCUUUUGUUCUUUCUAUAUGAGCAGCGUUUCCGAUCACACCUGCUUCUAAUGUUGUGUGCUUGAGUUACUUGCUCAUUCACCUAAACCAUUACUGGAUUUGUGCUUUAGGAAAUAAAGACGUCUUUUAUUUAAAAAGAAAAAAAAAAAAAGGGGUGUGGCCUAGUGUUGUACUAUAAAAAUAAUGACCUUCCUUCCAAUGUCUUUGCCAUUGUUUAAGGCUGACCUGAACAACCAGAGUUUUUAGUGGUGACCAAUAGAAAUAUAUCACGAUUAAGCGACAUUCUUUCAGACGUAUUUAGAUUUAAAGUCGAUCUUCAGAGCGUAAUAUUCAAAAUAUUAAAAUUACCUGUGUGUAGUUCACACUUCCAGAGUUCCAGCUGUUUCUUGGGAUGGUUUCAAUAGCAUCCAGACCACUGCCACUAACCAUGAGCAUUUUCCUUUAAGCCUAAAAAAAAUUGGAGACAGUAAAUGUGUACUGAAUAAAGCCAAUUGUUCUUUUUAUUAUUAUGGAACAGAAAGCUCAAGCAAGCACUGAAAAACAUUAAUAAGAGUCUUGUACAUUGCUAAAUGGUCCGUGUACCGGUUGGUCUUUCAGUUUUUUUUUAUUUCAAAAGGAGAUUUUAAACCAUGAACAACGAGAGUCUUUUCAAUCAUCUCCUAAUAAUCGAAAACAAACAACAGAAACACACGACAUUUUUUUUCGUUUCAUCUUUUCUGCAGGAAAAACAAAAAGAAAGUGGCACAAAACAAAACAGGCAAAUGUUUGAAUCAUUCAGUGCAUUAUGUAUAUACACACAAAAAAAGGAUGCCAGAAGCUGACCCUACAUACACACAGCCCUUUUACUCAGGCACCAGUUAGACACACUACUAUAGCUUAGACCAAGAUAACAAUGGCCUAGUAACGUUACUCUAAUAUUAUAUUAAAUAUGGCACAUGUGGUCCGUCACCUUGAUUAAUAUUAGAGUACAUUGGCCAAGAAUAUGUUGAAACACUGGGGUUUUCCACGAGAAAUAGAAGAUUUUCUGCAGAGCACGGCUCGAGUCCUCUCUCUCUCUCUCUCUCUCUCUCUCUCUCACCAAGUCACUUUUGGAGCUUGAGGUUGCAAAGCUUUCUGAGGUAAGGUGUUAGAAUUCCUCUCUAGUCUCAUCAUCAUCUCACCGUUAUACUGUUUCAUAAUUACAGUAAAACCCAACUUGGUGUGAAUGAACAGUUACGUCGAUUUCUUGUCCGUUGCCAUAACAGAGGCACAUCUGGUGAGUCACCUGCAGCCAUACAGCUGGCAUAUUCUAGCAGUAUGUGAAAUGUAGAUGCAACGUUAGACAAAUUUAGAUUAAAUAAUUAAUCAGUGAGACUAGAGAGGAAUUCUAACAUCUCACCGCAGAAAUCUUUGCAACCUCAAGCUCCAAAAGUGAGUUGGAGUGAGUGAGGUCUCAGGCCUCAAUCAGCAAAAUCUUAUAUUUCUUAAAUCUUACAUUCUUGUGGAAAUGUUUCCCCAUGUUCUUGGACCAUGUACUGUGAUAUUAAAGCAGACGACAAACCAUUUUCUAAAAUUAUACUAGAGUAACGUUACAAGGCCAAUGUCAACUGAUCUCCGGCUAUUUUAGUGUCUAAAUGAAGCCAGGUUCCUGUGCAAGAGGGCUGUGUGUACGUGGGUGUCAUGGCACUCCUGGUACCGUUUUUUCGUGUAAAAUACAUAACACAUUGAAAGAUUCUCUGAUCUGUUUUCUUGUGAUUUUCUUUUCUCCGUGUAACAAAGAAGAAACAGUAAAAACUGGCACAUUUUCUGUUGUUUUGUUUUUGAUGAUUAAUAGAUGACUGAAAUACCUCUUUUUAAUUUUUCAAAUGAAAAAUGAAACGACCGAACGGUACACAGUCUGCCAAUAUACUGCUGUAUUAAUAGUGCUAGCUGUCGCAUUAGUCGCUACAAAUUUGGUUUAGUUUAACAAUACGGCAUUCAUCCUCAUUAUCUAGUUAUAAAUAGCAUGCUCUAUGUUUUUCACAGCGAACUAGAAGUUGCAGCACAAGACUCAUCAGUCCGACAAAAAUAUUUUUUAGAUUGUUCGCCAACAGUUAAUUGUUCCGACAACUUGAUAUAAAUUUGUAAUGCAAAAUCAAGGUCAUGAAAUUUUACUUUCAAUGCUUUCAAUAAUUCCAUGUCCCCACCGUUUAAAUUAUAAUCAUGUAUCUCCUUCAAUUCAAGUAAAAGAAGCUCAUAAUUUAUUCAUAUAAAGAUUUUGUUAAGGUAAGUACAGUCUUCAGGGUCAUGGACAUACAGGCGUAAUACAAUUAAUAAGUGAAUGUUUGUGGGUGUAAUUCACCCCAAUUGCCAUUGUGUAGUUUUAUUUAGCAUAUUUACAGCAAAAAUGUGAAUUUGUGUGCGACAAAUGCAUUGAUGUGACAUCAAACUAUCAGACAGUUGAACUGGACUUAAUAAUAAGUGAGCAAAUAGACUUAAGUUCAAAAUCAGAGUUGGGAAACUCCAAUCUCUGUUGUCCUUUGUUGCUAAAUUGCUACACAUGCACUCGAUUUGAAGCCAGCAGGCUCUCAGACAGCUUUGAUGCUAAUUCAUAAAUUCUCCAUUGUUGAGUAUUGAGGAGAACAGAUGGAUCUGUUAUAAGAGGCUUCAAAAUGGUGACAUUGCUGAUGGGUUUUUUUUUCAGGGAUGUUCUACUGUUUCCCUGCUCUAUUUGUCUUUGGGGCAGCAGGGACGCCAAGGCACACUACCAAAGGUGGGAUGGCCACAGUAGACAGAUUUCCCUGUAGGGAGGAACAAUGUCAAAUGGGAGCCAUUGGAAGGUGAUGAUGCACCACUGCACUGCAAAUUGGGCCUUAUGAAACAAUUUGUCACAGCUCUAGUAAAAGAGUCUGCAGCCUUCAAGUACCUUCAGGACUUCUAUCCUAAGUUGUCUGAGCCAAAAGUCAAAGCCAGUAUCUCUGUUGGACCGCAAAUAAAGAUCAUGUAGUGCAAAGAAUUUCCAAAAAACUCAGUAGGAAAGAGAAAGCAGCUUUGAACAGAUUUGUCGCAGGGGCCUAUGGCUUCCUGGGCCAUAACAAAGAAGAAAACUAUAUGGAGCUGAUUGAGAUUCUGGUGAAGAACUAGAGCACAGUGGACUUCAGGACAUCACUCAAAGUCCAUAGGAGAAAAUGGGAAUGUAUUCAUUUGAGCCGAAUGAGCUCUUCUACCAGGAUACAGUGGACUUUAAACGCUGCUAAAAGGACAUGAGGAAAGACUACGUUUGAGAACUGCUUUGUUAAAAUGAUCGAAAGUAUAAACGUAAACGUACUAACUUCAAAAUCUUUUGUGCUCAUUUUUGUAAAACUUAGUAUAAGCACAAGGUCAUGUUAAUUAAUAUGUUGAUUUUCUGACUUUAUGUGAAUGAAAAGAUGCCAGUUAGCCCAUUGUUUUUAUGAAACUACAAAUGUUCUGGCCACAAAGGCAAAGUUUCGGGAAGUUAAUAUUUGAUUUUUAUACUUUUGAGGCAUACGUUAUUAGAAAACAACACUUAUUACCCUGGAACAAAAAUUGUGUUACACCGUUACAGCUGAGUGUCUUGA